UUAAGAACCCCUCAAUUCUCUUUCGGCUCCUCCCACUCCUCUCUAGGGUUUUGCCAAAGCUCGCACCGGAGAAGAACGGCGGCCAAUCUCUUCCCCUAAAUUUCCGAAAAAUGGCGACCCAGAUGAGCAAAAAGCGAAAGUUCGUUGCGGACGGAGUCUUCUACGCGGAGUUGAACGAGGUCUUGACGAGGGAGCUCGCGGAGGAUGGGUACUCCGGCGUGGAGGUUAGGGUUACGCCGAUGCGGACCGAGAUCAUCAUCCGGGCGACGCGGACCCAGAACGUCCUCGGUGAGAAGGGGCGGAGGAUUAGGGAGUUGACAUCGGUGGUGCAGAAAAGAUUCAACUUUCCGGAGAACAGCGUGGAGCUGUAUGCCGAGAAGGUGAACAAUAGGGGGCUCUGUGCGAUCGCCCAGGCGGAGUCGCUGCGCUACAAGCUUCUCGGAGGCCUUGCAGUUCGGAGGGCCUGUUAUGGUGUCUUGAGGUUUGUCAUGGAGAGUGGUGCCAAGGGUUGUGAGGUAAUUGUUAGUGGGAAGCUGAGGGCCCAACGUGCUAAAUCCAUGAAGUUCAAGGAUGGGUACAUGAUUUCUUCUGGUCAGCCAGUCAAUGAGUACAUUGACUCAGCAGUGAGGCAUGUUCUUCUUAGACAGGGUGUUCUUGGCAUCAAGGUCAAGAUCAUGUUGGAUUGGGAUCCAAAGGGCAAGCAGGGCCCUGCAACACCUCUACCAGAUUUGGUUACCAUUCACACACCAAAGGAUGAAGAGGAGUACAUCAGGCCACCACCAGCGAUGGCCCCAGAGUUAGAGGUCCCGGUUGCAUAAUGUCUCAACUGAGAGGUUGGGCCAUUUUGUUCACUUGGCUGGGGGCGUUAGUCUUGUUUUAUUUUUGUUGACUCGACUCUAAUAAGAAGAGUUUUCUUGUAAUGUUUUUGAAUAGUUGCUAUUUUCUUUUACAAGUAUUGUGGGGCAUGUUUAUUAUCUUAUAACUUGUUUUGUGACACCAGUUUUUCAUUCUACUCUAUGUUAGUCACUGAUGAAUCUCAUUAUUUUGUCAUAUUUGGGAAGUUGAACUCUA